CGCCUCGCACCCCUCAGCCCCAACACUCUGUUUCCCCUCCGCUGAUUGUCACACAUUGUUUACUACGGCUUGAAAUGUGAGUCACAACACGUUCUAUCUGCUGGAGGAGCACUCUUGACAACUGAGGGAUUCUUUUGACGCGCACCGUGCGUCCUGGUUAGCCUAUUUGGGGGACAGGCUGUGGACACUACCCUUCUGCCAUGACAGUGGAUUUGUUUGCGCUUUUAUGCGUGCUGGUCGUCACAUCCUCCGCGAUGGAAGAGACCCUGAUGGACACUCGGGUGGCCACAGCCGAACUGGGGUGGACGGCGUAUCCGAAUUCCGGGUGGGAGGAGGUGAGCGGCUACGACGAGAACCUCAACACCAUCCGGACCUACCAGGUGUGCAACGUCUUCGAGCCCAGCCAGAACAACUGGCUCCUCACCACCUUCAUCGACCGGCGCGGCGCCCAGCGCAUCUACGUGGAGAUCCGCUUCACCGUCCGCGACUGCAGCUCCAUCCCCAACGUGCCCGGCUCCUGCAAGGAGACCUUCAACCUCUACUACUACGAAACCGACGCCGUCAUCGCCACCAAAGGCACGGCCUUCUGGAUGGAGGCCCCGUACCUCAAGGUGGACACUAUCGCAGCGGACGAAAGCUUCUCCCAGGUGGACUUCGGCGGGCGCCUGAUGAAAGUGAACACCGAGGUCCGGAGCUUCGGCCCGCUGUCUAAAAACGGCUUCUACCUGGCCUUUCAGGACUACGGCGCCUGCAUGUCCCUGCUGUCAGUCAGGGUCUUUUAUAAGAAGUGCCCGAGCGUGGUGCAGAACUUUGCGAUCUUUCCAGAGACCAUGACGGGGGCGGAGAGCACCUCCCUCGUCAUCGCCAGAGGGAUCUGCAUCCCCAACUCGGAGGAGGUGGACGUCCCGAUAAAGCUCUACUGCAACGGGGACGGAGAGUGGAUGGUGCCUAUAGGGAGCUGCACGUGCAAGGCAGGUUUCGAACCUGACAACGGGAACGUAUGUCGAGCGUGUCCUCCGGGAACCUUCAAGUCCACCCAGGGUCCGGGUCUGUGUCUCCAGUGUCCCCCCAACAGUCGCUCCACGGCCGAGGCCGCCACCGUCUGCGUGUGCCGCAACGGCUACUACCGCGGGGACAGCGAUCAGCCAGACGAGCCCUGCACCAGUGUCCCGUCCAGUCCCAGGAACGUGAUCUCCAUCGUGAACGAGACCUCCGUGAUCCUGGAGUGGCACUCGCCCAGGGAGACGGGCGGCCGCGGCGACGUCGUCUACAACAUCGUCUGCAAGAAGUGCCGCGCGGACCGGCGCUCGUGCUCCCACUGCGACGACAACGUGGAGUUCGUGCCCCGGCAGCUGGGCCUGACCGACACCCGCGUGUUCAUCAGCAACCUGUGGGCGCACACGGUCUACAGCUUCGAGAUCCAGGCCGUGAACGGCGUCAGCAACAAGAGCCCGUAUCCCGCCCAGCACGUCUCCAUAGACAUCACCACCAACCAGGCCGCUCCCUCCAUCGUUCCUAUCAUGCACCAGAUCAGCUCCACCAUGAACAGCUUCACGCUAUCGUGGCCACAGCCAGAACAGCCCAACGGCAUCAUCUUGGACUACGAGCUGCGUUACUACGAGAAGGACCACGCGGAGAUUAACUCCACCAUCCUGCGGAGCCAGACCAACACGGCGCGCGUGGACGGCCUCCGGUCGGGCACGGUCUACGUGGUGCAGGUGCGAGCGCGGACUGUGGCCGGCUUUGGCAAAUACAGCAGCAAGAUGUGCUUCCAAACCCUCACAGAUGACGACUUCAAGUCAGAGCUGAGGGAGCAGCUUCCUCUGAUCGCGGGGUCAGCGGCGGCAGGAGUGGUCUUCAUCGUCUCCCUCGUCGCCAUCUCCAUUGUGUGCAGCAGGAAAAGGGCAUACACCAAAGAGGCGGUGUACAGCGACAAGUUGCAGCACUACAGCACAGGAAGAGAACUCUCUUUGCGAGCCGACAUGUCUAACUGCCCCUCCCCACUGGGCUGCCCGACCCACUUCUCAGGCUCCCCGGGGAUGAAGAUCUACAUCGACCCCUUCACCUACGAAGACCCCAACGAAGCCGUGCGAGAGUUCGCCAAGGAGAUCGACGUGUCCACUGUGAAGAUUGAGGAGGUCAUUGGUGCAGGUGAAUUCGGGGAGGUGUACAAGGGCCGUUUGAAGCUUCCCGGUAAGAGGGAGAUCUACGUUGCGAUCAAGACCCUGAAGGCCGGCUACGUGGAGAAGCAGAGGCGGGACUUCCUUUCCGAGGCGUCCAUCAUGGGUCAGUUCGACCAUCCAAAUAUCAUCCGCCUGGAGGGAGUAGUCACGAAGAGCCGCCCGGUGAUGAUCGUCACAGAGUUUAUGGAGAACGGAGCCCUGGACUCUUUCCUGAGGCAAAACGAUGGCCAGUUCACAGUGAUCCAGUUGGUGGGGAUGAUGCGCGGGAUCUCAGCGGGGAUGAAAUACCUUUCUGAAAUGAACUACGUCCACCGCGACCUGGCUGCGCGGAACAUCCUGGUCAACAGCAACUUGGUGUGCAAAGUGUCGGACUUCGGCCUGUCGCGCUACCUGCAGGACGACACCUCUGAUCCCAGCUACACAAGCUCUCUGGGUGGGAAGAUCCCGGUGAGGUGGACGGCGCCGGAGGCCAUCGCUUACAGGAAGUUCACCUCAGCCAGCGACGUGUGGAGCUACGGCAUCGUCAUGUGGGAAGUGAUGUCGUUCGGGGAGAGGCCGUACUGGGACAUGUCCAACCAGGACGUGAUUAAUGCCAUUGAGCAGGACUACCGCCUGCCGCCGCCCAUGGACUGCCCCAGCGCCCUGCACCAGCUGAUGCUGGACUGCUGGCAGAAAGACCGCAACGUACGACCUCGCUUCACCGACAUCGUCGGGACCCUGGACAAGAUGAUCCGCAACCCCACCAGCCUCAAAGCUGUAGCAAACAUCCCUGCAGUGCCUUCUCAGCCACUGUUGGACAGAUCCAUACCUGACUUCAACACCUUCAGCUCAGUGGAGGACUGGCUCGCCGCCAUCAAGAUGAGCCAGUACAGAGACAACUUCCUCAACUCAGGCUUCACGUCCCUGCAGCUGGUGGCUCAAAUGACCUCAGAGGACCUGCUGAGAAUAGGCGUGACCCUGGCAGGCCACCAGAAGAAGAUCCUCAGUAAUGUCCAGUCCAUGAGGGUGCAGAUGAGCCAGUCGCCCACGACGAUGGCAUGACUGCAGGGGGCGCCGUGCCAUGGAGCGGGCAGCAUUCGCAGGACCAACAACAACUCCAGCCCUGGAAUGACCCCCGAUCCAUCGGAACGCGCCAGAGUCGAGACCAUUGUCUUAAUCUAAUCCACUAUCACGACAACAGGAGACCAGGGUCUACGCCACUACAUGGUUAACAGCUAUCACACUUCAAGCAAUCCACGCCAGGAGUUCAGGGUCCAGACUUGAUACUGUUCCUCCACGUGUCUACGAAAGGAAGACAGACAUCACUAACUUCCAUUUGAAAUCAUUCCAAACCAAAAAAAAAACCCUCCUACAAUCAGACACACACAGGGAAUCCGUCAGACCACAGUAAUGUGAGCGUACUGCUAUAUCAUCUGGACUAGAAGAUGUUAACGUGAGCCAUUUAGAAACAACGUGUGACCUGUGAUUUUUCCCCAUGCUGUCGUCAGUGCGUGAGCAAUGAAGAUGCCUGGGUCUGGCCAGAAAUAAGUCCCAGAAGAAGGGCAAAAAAAGCAAUUACAGUAGGAAUCAGCGGAGGGAGAGAGAAGAAUACAGGGAUGUACAGCGGAGCACCAUGUUCACAUCGUCUUGAGUUAGCUAGUUUCGAGAAGUCGACAAAAUGUAUUAUACUUGGACUUGUGAAAUUUCAGAGCUUAGUUCUAUUUUUGUCUUCUACCACCUGUUUGGUUUUAUCACUAUAGCAAGAUGCCACCCAUUCAGAUUUUAACUUUAACACUACCUGUGGAGUUCUGGGUGCGCGGCCUUGCCAAAGGACUUCUUAGCCAGCCCCACCCGGAUGCAGAGAAUAUAAAUACCUUUAUCUCUUGCUAAAUAUGAUUAUAUCUUUCAUAAUAAACCUUCAUAUUGAAGGUGGUACGUAUGAAUAUGUAUGUACAGUACAGAACUCUCUUGCUUGCAUUUUCGGCAAAGACACGUCUGAUGGCUAGAUUGUGAUAGACACAUGCAAUGUGUAGGCUCCUGCUGUGCCCUUCGAGUAACUGAACGACAGACGCCGGCCUGUACGUCUCCCUCUUCCAGGGGCACGAGGACAAUCCUGACUGAUCUCAAUCUGAGGAAAAUAUCAAAGGAAUCUUAGUUGAACAAUUGGUAUUUGUAGAUGUGUAAGAAAAUUGCUGUAGGAUUUCAAUAAUUGAUCAAAUAUCCAUUUAUUGGAGAUGAUGUUACCUGUGGGUGUACACAUGCUGUCUCUUGCUGGUAAGCACUUAUUUGUACAGAUAUGUUUUAUGUUCCAUUUUCCUUUUUCAAUCUGUUGUUGUUGUUGUUUGCGUUGGGGAGCGCCCGGCACCAUCCAGAGGGAGCGGAGAGCGCCCGGCCCGAGUCCGCGAUGCUGGACUUACACACAAAUCAACCACCGAACACACACUGUUAACACUCAGAAGAAUUGCUGUAGUGGAAGUGGGAUAAUGUGAAAUGGGAUCUUUCUGGAGUACGGGCCACAAGCUUCCUUCAUGGUACAUAAUGGAUGGUAGAUGUGUCCACAUGUCAUAGCCUGUUUAUGUGUGUCUGAGAGAGACUGUGUAUGUGUACAGGUCUGAUGUGCACAGGUUCUUUUUUUUUGAGGUUCUGUAUAGCUACCACUUGUAAAUUGUGACGAGUACAUGUCCAGAGUUUGUAAGCUGUAACUUUCUGAAAACUAUUGUACUAAAAUGCACUCAAUAAACGCCUUGGAAAACAA